CAUGCAUCUGCAUACAUGAUUUCUCUUUCAUUAUAGGCUCUGUCUGCUCCCGAUCGAGCAAUAGUAUCAAUCCGCCAUGGCUGCAUCUUCAUCAUCGUCUGGGGUAAAAUCUAUGUUCCAAUCCUUGAAACGAUUCAUCAAGAAGCCAUGGGAGAUCACAGGCCCGUGUGCCGAUCCCGAAUACAAGAGCGCACUCCCGAGCGCUCUGGAGUACCGUGUCUUCUGUCCCGCCACUGCCCACGCCAAGGCUUGCGUUCCCACCUCCAACCCCGAGACCGUCUACGACAUCAAGUAUUACACUCGCGAUCAACGACGCAAUCGCCCGCCCAUCCGGCGGACCAUCCUGAAGAAGGCCGACGUCGAGAAGAUGAUGAAGGAGAAAACUUUCGAUGUUUCUGAUUUCCCUCCGGUUUAUCUGACCGCGAAGGUUGAAGAGGAUGACAAUACGAGGGGCGGAGGGUAUCAGAAAUAGGCUUCUGAGCUGUGGUGCGGGAUAUAUUUACUCCAGUGAUGCGUUGUGGAUUUUUAUGUUGCUUCUGUAGAAAUACUUUGAUAUUUCGAAGCCAUAAUGAUGCAUUUUGUGCCCAGCUAACAUGUAAUGCAGGAGGCCAGCAGGGGUGCUGGGUCUUCUAUAUCCAGUAUGUUUAGUGCAAGGCUUGUGCUUUUGUUUCCUUGCUAUAUCAAUGUCGAUCGAUAUUUCCAAAUUAACUUCAAAUGCUAAAAAACCUGGAUUUAUGGGAAAAUAAAGGUAUAGUCAGUUCUUUAA